AUGCUGCUGGCGUUGUCGUCGAGGAGGAGGAGGGGGAGCAGUUCAACUAUUGGCGGCGAGGAAGAUACCUCGGAUGUUACACAGAACCCGAGCCAACGCAGCCGCGAGUCUUACGUCGAUUCGAACCGGCUCGCCGGCAUCAUGAACUACCUCCCGCUGCGGGAAGCGUUCGGAGAGUUCUGCCAGAAAUCGCUCUGCGGCGAGUCUUUCCAGUUUCUCCGGGAUGCUUCGGAGUUCAGAGGCGUGAUCGUCGAAGGCCCCGUCGACGGCGAUGCCAACGGCAGCGCCGAAGAGGAGCAGGAGGCACCAGUACACACGAGCGGGUUGGGGGACGUGGCCGCCAUGGUGAACGAGUACAUCAAGGACGGCGCUCCCUCGGAGAUCAACAUCGGCAGCGACAUCAAGCACGACAUCAUGGAGCUGGCCAAGGUCGAAACCUUCGCCUCGCUUGACCAGGAUGCGCGACUGCUGAUUUUCGUCAAGGCCGAGAGGGAGAUCAGGAGGAUCCUGGAAGACAAUCUCAUGGCCAGGUUCCUGGCGUCCGCACAGUACAAACGGGCUGUGGACGGUGACGGCGAUGGACGCGUGUAG